AAUGGGGUAGCCCUAAUCCAGUUGAUCUAAAAAUAGAGCACAGGCGCAGCACAGGCGGGUUGGUGCAUUGACUGACAUCCAAUAUCUGCCAACUGGGUACAUUAUCACAGUGAAGGAACUCGAUUUUCAUAUAUGUUGCAUGGGACACGCCUCUUGCCAACACUAACUCGAACACAAGCUCUCCCAUUUUGCCACCGACCCAACUUCAGCAUUACAAUGGCCGACACCGACGCUCCGAAAAUGAAACUGUACUGGUUUCCUCAAUACCGCUCCGUCCGAAAUAUCUGGCUGAUCAAAGAGAUGGGCGUGGAGAACGAUUUUGAGUUUAUCCGCUACAAGCCUAACGAUGAAGACAAUCCCGCCGACGUCGCCGCCUACCGCAGGGACGUCCACCCCCACGGUACUAUCCCCGCCCUCGUCGUCCCCGGGGAGGGGUCCGUACUGGAGUCAGGGGCCAUCAACAUGUACCUGGCAGACAGAUACAAGAAACUCCUGCCGGAACCCAAGUACCUGAAAGACUAUUACGACUUCAUCAUGCACGGCAACGCCACCCUGGAUGAGCUCAUCGAGUUCUUCUACGAGCUGUGGUUUGUGAAGACGCCCUUCAGCGAUGAGAAGGUGAAGAAGAUGACAGACAAGUUUGAUACAUGUAUGGACUACCUGGCCACGAAGCUAGAGAACAGGGCAUUUCUCUGCGGGGACAAGUUUACUGCAGCUGACACGGUAUUGGGCUUUGACCUGUACAUCGCCGCGGUGUUUAAUGACGGCAAACUACUCGAGAAACAUCCCAAGAUCAGAGAAGGAUAUUACGCUCGGCUUGAAAAGAGACCAGCAUUUCAGGCAGCAAUCGCCAUGGCCUAAGACUGUUGCUGUCAAAUUGUUACCAAUAGUGGACCAAGAAUCGUAGUGUGUAUGAUGUGGCCUUGAAUAAAACUGGACGAAAUAUC